AUGUACGCAUUUUCCACCAAGCGCCAGAGAGACCAGGAGCAAGAGGACUUCGAUGGAAAUGUGUUCCGAGAGACAAAGAAACACAGGUCUCUCCCUCUCCGCGCGUCCCCAAGUAUCCUCCAGUUUUCUUCCCUCCCACAAAGCAACCGGCUUGCAUCUGGAUUCGGUUUCUCAACUCUGACCCCGGUGGAAUCCUCAGACGAUGACAAGGAGGAUAAUGGCGCUGACAAAUUUGCCCAUCAUGGUUCGACACAAACUCGGGAUCAGCCAGCACCAUUAGAGCAAGGGUCUAUUCCUAUAAUGAGCGCAAGCAUGGAUAUUGAUAAUGAAAAGGACGCACCAUAUUCGACCAAUAAUCUUGAUCAUUCCAACCCGGGGUCUGUCGAUGGAUAUAGCAAUUACAGUCUCCAGCCGUCGCCGAUCCCACAUAGUCUUGUUGACCAGUCGCUGGUUAUAAGUGAAGAGUCGACUACACAUUCUACGGAAGGGAACACUCCUGCCGCAAGGAGUUCCGUCGUAAGAGAAAUUGUGCAAAGCUCUACAUCAAAUACGUCACAGGGUGUCCCUAGAGGUCCGUACGCGAGCCAUGACAGGGUCUGGUGGUGCGGUCAACGCCUCCCCAGUCCGGUCAGUGACAAUGGCGACGCCAUGGCAAUCAGCAGCAAGGACUCUGUGAGCGACGCUGAUAUGACAUACAUGUCCCAACCAGCGUCUCCACCACCGUGGUAUUCAGAAACUACGCCAGAUUUGUCACAACCGGCGGGUUCGAUAGGCAACCCGACACGAGAGCAUCAUCUCCCCUCUUCCUCGAAGAAGAAGAAAGUGGCGCUUUCCAUGGGCUACCGAGCGGAUUGCGACAAAUGUCGGCGCAGGGUUCCAGGUCAUUACAGUCACAUCAUCCGUCACUGA